AUGCCCCCAAGUUCAUCUAAACAGCCUAUGAUAUCAUCCUUCUUCUCGCAGUCCGAUACGCCACAAAAACCUACACAGAAGAAACGAACAAGCACCCCCAUUGACCUGACGAUCGACUCGGAUGAUGAAGCUGGUCCCUCUCGCAAGAGAGCGAGGACCACAAGUGCCUUCUUUUUAUCUUCGUCAACGCCUACCACUCCUAGAAAGGAUGUUGCUGGGUCCUCCCGUGUGGAGCUUCCACAAGACGUGGCAGAGCAAUGGCGCUUUAACCCCACUCAGCCUCGACGAUCGUCCCAGAAUCCUGCUGGUGAGCUUGAGCAGAGGAAGCGUCAUGAUAGAGCAAGGAGUAUUCUUCUUGGAGACAGAAACCUCUUCAGAUCCAGAGCUAGCCCCCAUGAGACCGAGUUCGACGUAGAUGACAUGGACGAUGUUGACAACAAGGUCAAUGACACUACACACGUUUCCGACGAUGACGAGGAGACGGAUCAGCAAUUUAGUGAGCUUAUGGAGAUGUUUUCGAACUCCAAAGGCAAGGCUACGAAAGGUAGACGCAGCGCUCCCACGCUCAAAGUGUCGAGCAAGCAAAAGAUGGCGACAGAGGUAGGACCCAGUGGGCAGACGUACACUCCACUCGAAUUGCAAAUACGGGAGUUGAAGACCAAGUAUCCGGACACCAUCCUCAUGGUUGAAGUCGGAUACAAGGUCAGAUUCUUUGGCGAGGAUGCCAAGAUUGCCAGUCAGGCACUUGGCAUUGCCUUGGGCAUUGUGGAGCAAACCGAGACUGCUGCCCUGAAGAAAGCCGGCGACACCAGGAACGAACUAUUCUCUCGUCAACUGACGCACCUGUACACUUCUGCGACUUAUGUAGACGAGAUGAACUCGACCGAUGACCUCGAUCCGUCCUCCGCUCCGGCCUUGAUGUGCCUGGUCGAGGAGCUCAAGGGUGGUAUGGGCGCGGACGAGCGAGUUCUCGUAGGCAUGGUCGUUAUAUCGGCCAGUACUGGCGACGUUGUUUGGGAUGAGUUCGAAGGCAAGUCGUUCUGCUCUACGCGUAUGGUACAUAGCAAACCAUACGAACUGCUACUGCCACGGGACAAGUUAAGCAAACCGAGCGAGAAGAUGAUACAUCACUUCACUCAGUAUGAGUUGCACUCGCCAAAUCAUAAAAUCCGAAUAGAGCGCACGCAGGAGGAUCUCACGUAUACGGAAGCGUUCUCGUACCUUACGAGGUUCUACUCAGACCAGACGAAAGCAGCCAUAGCGUCCGAAAGCUACAACUCAGGUAAAUUGAUGGCUGCGAUUGCAGACUUCCCCAAACUCGUCGUACAGGCAUUGGCUUAUGCGGUCAAAUACCUUUCCGACUUCCAUGUUGAGGAUUCGCUACGCGAGACAAAAUUCUUCGCUGAAUUCACAGAACGCACACACAUGCUUUUGAACAGUAAUACACUGACUAACUUGGAGAUCUAUCGGAAUGAGACAGACUAUAUGACGAAGGGCUCGCUCAUGUGGAUCCUGGAUCACACGACAACAAAGUUUGGCGCUAGGAUGUUGAGGAGCUGGGUUGGAAGGCCAUUGACGGAUUUGAAAGUGCUCCAGGAGAGAAUCGACGCUGUGGAGGAGAUCUUGGCGGAUAAAACCAUGAAGUUGACACAACUCCGAGAACUACUGAAGCGCCUGCCCGAUCUAGCCAAGGGGCUCUGUCGUAUCCAGUAUGGAAAGUGCACACCUCAAGAACUUGCUAUUUUGCUACCCGCAUUUGACAAGAUCGCAACGACCUUCCAGCCGAUGAACAACCCGAGAGAUGCAUCAUUCAAGUCUCCGAUUUUGAACAGCAUCGUAUACGCGUUGCCUCAACUCAGAGAAGCAAUGAAGGAGCUCAUGGGUGCCGUCAAUAUCAAGAUGGCGAAAGAAGGCAAGAAAGAUGCGAUGUGGAACGACCCUGACAGGUACCCCCAUCUAGAUAACUUGAUGAUGGCUAUUCAAGUCGCGGAAUCGGAGCUCGCUGACGAAUUGCACAACAUCCGGAGAGUCCUAAAAAAGCCAGCUUUGACUUACACGACAUGGAACACAGAAGAAUACGUAGUCGAAAUACGAAAGGAUGCGAAUCGCGAGAUACCCGCUACAUGGCAGCUUCUAUCCAGACGAUAUCAUCCUCCCGAAGUCAGAAAAAAGCUGCAAGAACGUGCGCAAUACAUGGAGGCGCUGGAGGCUUCGGCGAAUAAGGCCUACGAUUCCUUCCUGCGGGAGAUCUCGCAGAAGCACUAUGGGCUGCUACGUGAUGCGGUCAAUAAACUCGCUGUGGCUGACUGUCUGUUGAGUCUCGCUCGCGUGGCCCUGCAGGAAGGCUACGUCAAACCUCAAUUCACGAAUGAGGAUACGCUGGAGAUCGUCGACGGCCGCCAUCCCAUGGUAGAGGCGCUCCGAUCAGAUCCAUUUGUACCAAACUCAAUACACAUGGGCAAUGGCUAUCCUAGGAGCAAAAUUAUCACGGGCCCGAAUAUGGGCGGGAAGAGCUCUGUCGUUCGAAUGACGGCCCUCUGUGCAAUCAUGGCGCAGAUUGGUUCAUACAUACCCGCGCGCACUAUGAAAAUUGGCCUCUUGGACGGUGUACUGACGAGAAUGGGUGCAUCGGAUGAGCUCGCCCGCGGAAGAUCUACUUUCAUGGUCGAAAUGCAAGAGACGAGCGACAUCCUUCAAGCAGCAACACCCAGGACCCUGGUCAUCCUAGAUGAACUAGGCCGGGGAACGUCUACUUUCGACGGUUAUCUGGUUCAGACAAAGAAAAGCAAGACGCUCUUCAUCACGCAUUACCCACAAGUCGCCUCAAGCUUGGAGCUGAAUUUCUCUGCAGACAUCGAGAACACUCGCCCCUGGGAUCACGGCGGAAUCGUUUGGGGUCGAGUGUGCUCGCUUGGCUAA